AAAGCGAUUUGGAGGGACUUCAAUAGUACCGACUUCACCCCUCCCCUUAUAAUAUCUUCACAAUUCUUCUUUUCUCCUCAAAUCCGACACCCUUGUUUCCCUCUCUGCUUUCUCUUUCUCUCCUCAAAAAAAAGCCAAAGCAAAACCCUAACCCUAGCUCUCUGCUUUCUCUGUGCUCGUCAUGAAAGGAGGAAAAACGAGAGCUGAUUCGAAGAGGUCUGAAAGCAGGCUUGGUGUGAAGAUGUCAAAGAAGGAGAAGAAAGCUGCAAAGGACCCGAACAAGCCAAAAAGGCCUCCAAGUGCUUUCUUUGUUUUCAUGGAAGACUUUAGGAAGCAAUAUAAAGAAAAGCAUCCUAACAACAAAUCAGUUGCUGCUGUUGGUAAAGCUGGUGGUGAUAGGUGGAAGUCAUUGAGUGAGGAGGAAAAGGCCCCAUAUGUGGCAGAAGCAGAGAAGCGCAAAGAAGGAUAUGAACGAAACAUGGAAGCCUACAACAGAAAAUUGGCUGGGGGUGCUGAUGAUGAUUCUGACAAGUCAAAGUCAGAAGUAAAUGAUGAAGAUGAGGAAGGCAGUGGCGAGGAGGAAGAUGAUGAUUGAAGUGGGAUGACAAAUACUUUGUGACAAGACUAACAUUGAGAUUGUUAGUGUGCGUGGGAUGUUUUUCUUGAUAUGCUUAGGCGGCCAUACUCCACCAUUUGAUCUAAUGACAUGAAUUAGUAGUUUAUAACAUGGCAUUAACUUUGUUACUUUGGCUAACUAUUGAGACUAUGUGUAUGCUUAUUAUGGUAGAUCUAAAUGAGAAGCUUAGUUUUCCUAGUA